AUGUAAAUACCUGCGAAGAAAAAAGAAUACAAUACUGCAGAACUAUUUGAGAGUGGGGACGUACAUUUACCUUAGCGCUUUAGGCCAACUGUAAAGAAUUCUUACUGAAUAACUUAAAAAGAAACAUUAGGUUUGUUAAAAGGGAAAAUAAGCCGAAAAGUUCUGUAUGUUAAAAUGCGAUGCUACAAAACUAACAUUAAACGAUGACUUCUAACAGCCACCUUUUAGCGAAGGACCAGGUAUAGAUUCACUUGGAAGCCAGGUCCCACGCAGCAACCCGCCCCUCGGGCCCUGUGCACGGGUGACCUGUCCACGCGUGCAUGCAGUCGCGCGCCCUCGGAGCCCCCUCCUGUCUGCUGGGCUUCAGGCCGCCACCGCUGAGCGCAGCCACAUCAACCCCGGACGCCGGGUGGCGGCCGCACCCUGGAGCAUGCUCAGUCGGGAGCCGGCGCACUUCUGCAGGUCCGAGCUGGGGGCGUGGGGUCGGAGGCACUGUGUGGUGCACUUUACCAGACACCGAGCGAUGGACAGAGGAUCAGAGUCGCUUGAAGCGUCCUCUGUUAUUGACACCUUUCCCGGGCCGGCGGAGGAACGCGCCCAGACCAACCGCAGAAGCCACAGGCAACAGGCAUUAGUUCGCCAAAUCCACCUUUCCGGAGUUUCACAGCAACCUGCGGCGGACAGGGCGGUGUGGCCGGGGGCGGCACCGGGCUGGGGAGGCGGAGCCGAGGCUCGUCCUAGAAAUUGUCGCGCUCCGCCCGGUCCCCAAAAGAGCCUCCCGCACAGCAGGGUACCGCAGUGAGGGCUUCCGCAGGUGUUCUUCAAAUAAUUUCACAAUAAUCACUGCUGUCUCUUAAAGUCUAAUUUAAUUGCUCAUUAGGAAAAAAUGCAGAAGCUGCAGUUUUGAACCCCCGGGCCCACCCCUUGGGGGUCACGGAGAUGAGCCGCGAGCCGCCCCACGGCCUCCCGGGGGCGUUCGCUUCCCUCUGCAGGCAGCCCCGAGACAGGGCGGGCUCCCCGCAGCGUCCAGGCCGGGGCCCGCGCCUUUCCCCGCUGUCCUUGGCACCCGCGCGGCGACGCUCGGAAAAGUUGCGGCGGAGCCCGCGGAGCGCCCGCGCCCCACGAUGCUCACUCACGCGGCCCACGCGCGACAGCGUCCGGGAUGAGCGCCCUCGGCUGGGAAACGGCCUCGGCGGGCAGCACGGAGCCCCGAAGCCCG